AGUCCCUCCUUCUCCCCAAGUUUCUUCCAGAGCUCAGGCCACGCCCGUUUCCCGCCUCCAGGGCCCGGUUCCCGCCCGCCUCAGCCCGCCCCUCUCUGCGCCCCUUCUGCUGAAGGCAGAGGCUCCAUGUUGUCCCCUCAGCGACCUGUAGUGGCGGCCUCGAGAGGAGCAGGUGAUGCCAUGGAAAACAGAAAGCCUGGUCCAGUGCAGGUUGUUUUGGUUCACAAAGAACAACAUUCCUUUGAGCUAGAAGAGAAAGCUUUGGCUAGCAUCCUUCUACAGGAACACAUUCGAGAUCUUGAUGUGGUGGUGGUGUCAGUGGCUGGUGCCUUCCGAAAGGGCAAAUCCUUUAUUCUGGACUUCAUGCUGCGAUACUUGUAUUCUCAGAAGGAAGGUGGCCAUUUAAACUGGUUGGGUGACCCAGAAGAACCAUUAACAGGAUUUUCGUGGAGAGGAGGCUCUGACCCAGAAACCACUGGAAUUCAGAUAUGGAGUGAAGUUUUCACUCUAGAGAAGCCAGGUGGGAAGAAGAUUUACAAUUUGUCCCAGAACAUUCAGGAAGAUGAUCUUCAACAGCUGCAGCUCUUUACAGAAUACGGUCGUCUGGCAAUGGAUGAAAUUUUCCAAAAACCCUUCCAGACACUGAUGUUUCUAAUUCGAGACUGGAGUUUCCCUUAUGAAUAUAACUAUGGACUACAAGGAGGAAUGGCAUUUUUGGAGAAACGUUUACAGGUCAAGGAACAUCAACAUGAAGAAAUUCAGAAUGUUCGAAAUCAUAUUCACUCAUGUUUCUCGGAUGUCACCUGUUUUCUCUUACCACAUCCAGGACUCCAGGUGGCCACAAGCCCUGAGUUUAAUGGGAAAUUGAAAGAUAUUGCUGGUGAAUUCAAAGAGCAGUUGCAGGUACUGAUACCAUAUGUACUAAACCCAUCUAAGUUAAUGGAAAAGGAGAUCAAUGGCUCAAAAGUCACCUGCCGGGGACUACUGGAGUAUUUUAAGGCAUAUAUUAAAAUUUACCAAGGAGAAGAUCUGCCUCACCCCAAAUCCAUGCUUCAGGCUACCGCUGAAGCCAACAAUUUAGCAGCUGCAGCCUCUGCAAAGGACGUUUAUUAUAACAACAUGGAAGCGGUUUGUGGGGGAGAGAAACCUUAUUUGUCUCCAGACAUUUUAGAACAGAAGCACUGUGAAUAUAGGCAACUUGCUUUGGACCAAUUUAAGAAGACCAAAAAGAUGGGCGGGAAGGAUUUCAGCUUUCGUUAUCAGCAGGAGCUGGAGGAAGAAAUUAAGGAGCUGUUUGAGAACUUCUGCAAGCACAAUGGUAGCAAGAAUGUCUUCAGCACCUUCCGAACCCCAGCAGUGCUGUUCACAGGCAUUGUGGCUUUGUAUAUAGCCUCAGGCCUCACUGGUUUCAUUGGUCUGGAGGUUGUGGCCCAGCUGUUCAACUUCAUGCUUGGCCUACUGCUAAUAGCCCUCCUCACCUGGGGGUACAUCAGAUAUUCCGGUCAAUAUCGAGAGCUAGGUGGAGCUAUUGAUUUUGGUGCAGCAUAUGUGUUAGAGCAGGCUUCUGCUCAUUUUGGUAAUUCUACUCAGGCUGCUGUGAGGGAUGCAGUUGUUGGACGACCACCUGUGGAUAAAAAAUCUCAAUAGCAUCUUAACUACAAGAUUCAAGAGCCCUGCUGGCCCCUAGUUCUCUGGUUUCUGCCACUGCCACCACGGGUCCAGGUCCAGAGGAAUGGCAGGUCUGGGACUGUCUGGGAAGAGCUGAAACAGGGAACUGUAAUAAAUGAUGUGACCUUUCCUGUGUUUUCAAAUUC